AUGAAGGAACAUAGGAUGUCUUAUCUUUUUGUCCCUAACUCGUAUGCACGAGUUGCUGUUUGGAGAGUGCAAGUUCCCGCGCUUCUAUAGGAAUAAAUAGGGUAUCAGCUGAUUGGGAAUUCAAUGAAAAGGGCGAAGCGUGUGACGCGUAUAUGGUGUAUGUAUAACGGUAAACAAGCCCGCGCUAACUUCCGCGCAACGUCCACUGUGAAUUAUGAUCGCCGAGAGACGGCGCCACUUUCGGUAUUACAGAGUGGACCGCAGUCGCGCACGUGUAUCCGCCGAGUAAACGACGCCACGCGGUCAAAGCCGGUAUUGUUUGUGUGCGUGCAUUUCGUUUCUCUCUCUGCGUUAUUUCACACGUGUAUCGAGCGUGUUCGGGCACCGCGGUAUGAUCGCGUCGCUCAGUGCCGUUUCGACUGUUAACAAGAAAUUAUCUAACGAGCAGUAAUUUUCGAGAGCCGGAAGACGGGACACGAUGCCGGACAAAGUUGCACCGGCCGAGAAGCAGGUCUUGAAGAGCUUGAGAAUCACCGACAAUGACGACGAGACUGUGAAGCUGAAAAAAGAACUCGGACUGUGGGACGGUGUAGCGAUCAUCGUCGGCAUCAUCGUCGGUGCCGGGAUCUUCGUUUCGCCGAAGGGUGUUUUAAAGAACAGUGGAAGCGUGGGUCAGGCUCUGAUCGUCUGGAUCUUUUCUGGACUGUUGUCGCUCAUUGGCGCAUUAUGUUACGCGGAACUAGGUACUAUGAUUCCAAAAUCUGGAGGCGAUUACGCGUACAUAAGCGACGCUUUUGGACCUUUACCAGCGUUCCUGUACCUUUGGGUAGCAUUGUUCAUCCUAGUUCCAACCGGAAACGCAAUUACAGCCUUAACUUUCGCACAAUACAUUUUACAACCAGUCUGGCCAGGUUGCGUGCCCCCGUACGCAGCAGUUCGUUUACUCGCAGCUGUUAUUACCUGUAUAUUGACUGCCAUCAACUGUUACAACGUGAAAUGGGCCACCAGAGUGCAAGACAUCUUUACCGGGACUAAAAUCUUCGCGCUGUUGAUUAUCAUGAUCGCUGGACUCUGGUGGCUUUGCAUGGGCCACGCAGAGAAUUUCCGUCAUCCUAUGGACGGGACCAGCACACAACCUGGAUAUAUCGCUUUAGCCAUUUAUUCGGGAUUGUUUUCGUAUUCGGGCUGGAAUUACCUAAAUUUUGUUACCGAGGAAUUGCAAGACCCGUACAAGAAUCUUCCGAAGGCAAUUUGUAUAUCGUUACCCCUGGUGACCGUGAUUUAUGUCCUAGCGAACGUUGCCUACUUCGUGGUGUUAACGCAAGAUGAAAUUCUUUCAUCGGACGCUGUCGCUGUCACUUUCGGCGACAAAUUAUUGGGCGUGAUGUCGUGGAUAAUGCCAUUCUUCGUGGCCUGUUCGACGUUUGGUGCGCUCAACGGUGCGAUUUUCGCAUCGUCGCGAUUGUUUUUCGUAGGUGCGCGCAACGGCCACUUACCAUCCGCAAUUUCCCUCAUCAAUGUUCGAAACUUGACACCGAUGCCGUCGCUCAUCUUCCUCUGCAUUAUCACCCUGGCACUUCUGAUCAUAGAGGAUGUCUAUGUGCUAAUCAAUUAUGUCAGCUUCGUUGAGGCACUAUUCACCACGCUCUCCGUGUCUGGUCUCCUCUGGCUUCGCUACAAAAGUCCCGAUCGCGAACGACCAAUAAAGGUCUCGAUCGUCUUACCUAUUAUAUUUUUUAUAAUAUGUGCUUUUCUGGUAACGCUUCCCUGCUACGUAUCGCCAUGGGAGGUUGGCGUGGGAGUGAUAAUUAUUUUAUCUGGCUUUCCUGUAUACUGGAUCUUUAUUCACUGGAAAAGGAAACCUAAAUGGCUCGUAAGGACGUCUCAUGAUUUUAACAUGAUGUGCGCGAAACUAUUCAUGUGCGUGCAAGAAGAGAAAAAUGAUUGAUAACGAAAUGCCAUAUGCCAAUGUACAUUUUUAUACGAAAUUUGCAUAGUAUGAAUGUGUGCUGCGUUCGGUCCAUCGACUCGAUUGCUUGUAAAUUCUAAUGCCAGACGAUAAUUACACUUUAUCGUUGAGAAAAGUAAUCAUCUGGUCUCGACUGAGCUGGCUACAACAUUCCAAUGAAAUCUGUUGCUGCUUCACGCGGAAUGUAGAAACGAACGAAUCAUGCGACGGUAAGUGAACCGCAUUUUUAUACACGAUCUAUCUACACUGAGAAUUAAAAGUAUUUCUAUAGUUCCGCUCAUUCGUAAAUUUUAAUAAAAAGAUUUGUGCACAUUUCUGGAAACGUCUAAAAUAAAUUUUAUAUAAAAUGAACUCGCAUAUUUAUGUUAAUUAAUAGUAAAUUUAAAUACUGCUUGUUUCGGGAAAUAACAUUUAUUUCUUAAUUGAAAAGAUUUUUUUCCAAAUAAAAAAAAAGUAUACAAAUACUUAUUGGAAUUGGAAUUUUUAUGAACGGGAAUAAAUUGAACAUCUUCAGCUAUAAUCGACGCGACACAUUUAUUCGAAACAUUUUUAGAAACGUGUACAAAUUGUUUGUUGUAUGAAAAUUUAUUAACAAACGGAGCUAUACAAAUCUCAGAAUUUAUUUGCGCGAAUACUUUUUACACUCGCUCUAUAUCGCGUACAACCAGUAACGAGUAAAUCUACAUACAAGUAUACUAAAGUGUACAGAAAUUGUUCGUGUCAUACGUGUUUCGUUGGUGCUCUAUUGCAAACAUAAACAGUCCUAUAAUAGCAUGCAUCCUUACUUUGGUAUUUCAUACUAUGUUAUGUAUAUGUAGAUGGAUGUUUGUGGAUUUGUAUGUCCGACUGUAUGUAAAAUUUACAUUGACCGUGUCAAUUACCAGAGCCUUCUAUCAUAUACAAUAAUUUUCUACUAAUUUUUAGUCGUGAGAAUUGUGUAGAAUAAUUACAAGAUAUCGUCUACAUUUAAUUCUAUAAAAAUUACCUCUUAAUUCCUAUCAGAUUGUGUUCAUCGAAUCUUUAUAGCCAAUAAGGUUGUCUCUAAACUAUAAUAUAAAUAUAACCGAAUAAUGAAAUUCUUAAGGAGGCACAAAAAGGUCUUAACAAAAUACCUAAACUUCCUUUGUCUCUUUUCACGAGUUGUAUGGAUUAGCCAAAUAUGUUUUAAAUAAGUAUUAUGGUUGUAAUUAAUCGGUAAUGAGCAAAAUUAAUAACGCACACAGAGCUAUUUAAAUCGUAAUGAUACUUUUAGGAAACUUUUAUGCACGAUUAUCUUAAUUUUAUUUGUUUAUGAAUAAUUGUGUUUGAUAAUGGUAAUUAUAGCGAUGACAAAUUGAUCAAUUGAACGCACAUAAUAUUGUAAUAUAAAAAUGUAGUCCUACAUAUUUAUGCUAUUUAAUUGUAUAUACAAUACGAGCAAUUAUCAAUUAUUUAUCACAAUUUAUGUAUCGAUAGAUUGCUUUGUUUUAUAGCUAAUUACUACCGACAUCGUUGACAAACUACUAAUAGUAAUUUGUAUAUCCCUUUUAUCUGCCAUAUUUUUAUUUUAAAUUAUAUUUAUCGGUAAAUUAUUUAUAGAAUAUCCAAGUGAGAAAUAAUAGAAUUGUAUUGUUCGAUAUUUCACAGAAAUCUGACCUUUGUGAGAAAACAUUUUUCUCUCAUUUUAAAGUAUAAGGAAAAAUAUUCUUUGUUCGUUUGCGAAAUUCAUUUAGUUCGCAAUUUUAUUUUUCUUACUGUAUGACAUAUCUGGUCAAAUUGUGCAUUUAAAAAUAGGAAAACGAAAUAGUGUCUUACAUAUUGUAUUAAGAGAUAAUUAAUAUUUUAUACAACGUAAACAAGUAGUGUCAAGUUGUAAUAUUUUAUAUUGUGUAUAACUACGUUGAAUAUUUCUAGCUGUAUAUUGUUAAAUUCGUAUCAUCGCAAUGCUUGCAUUUAAUUUGGACAAUAACUAAUAAUUAAUGGAAUAUUUGAUUGGUUUAAUAGCAUUAAAAAACCAUUAGUCUUACUCUGGAUUAUCUUUUGUAUUAACAUCGAG